AUGUAUUUACUGUUAAAAAAAUAUAAAGAGGGUCUAAAUGAAAUUAAAGAUGAACUUAAAAAGCAAAGAAUUGAACGAAAAGCUAAGCUCUCCCCUCAUGUAUUAAAUUGUGAUUUUAAAACCAAUGGUGCUCCGUCCAAAGAAUCAAUAGAUAUAAUUAAUACAAAUGAAAGGGCAUUUGUUGGUGAGAAUGAAAAUAUAGCAGCCGAAGUUAUGGUUGAAAUUCAAGAGCAACAAAGUAUAGGAAAUUCAAGGGAAGCUGAUGAUGAACUCUUUGGUGUUAAUUGA